AUGCAAAGAAACUUUAUUAAACAAUGCAAAGUUUGUGGUACAAAAGAACAUGUUUGUUUUCAUUAUGGAGUUACUACAUGUAGGGCUUGUGGGUCUUUUUUCAGGCGUUAUCUUGAAAACGAAAAUGGAUGGAAAUAUAAUUUAUGUAGAUGUUCAGAAGAGAAUAAGGACGAAAAAUCCCAACAAGAUUUGGCAAAAUGUAAAAAAUGCAGACUUGAAAAAUGCCUUUCUGUUGGAAUGAAAAAAUUGGGUUUGUCAAAUUAA